AUGGGAAAAGUUGGCGCCGCCGGCGGCUCCCCGGCCCGGCUGAGCGCGCUCCUCGCCGGCGCGGGGCUCUUGGUCCUCUGCGUCCCGGGCGCCUGCGGCGGCGGCUCCUGCUGCCCCCAGCUGCCCCCCGGCUCGGCCCGACGCUGGCCUCCGACCCCAGGGGGCUUCCUUCGCCAGGGGCCGCGAGGCAGAGCUGCUGCCACGCCCCUGCCCCUCCUCGGGCGCCCCCUGUUCGCAGUGGCCCCCGGAGACCGAGCGCUGUCCCUGGAGCGGGCCCCCGGCACCGGGGCGUCCGUGGCGGUCGCCCCACGCUCUGGCCGGCGGAGACGGAGCGAAGCGGAUCCCGGCAAGGCAGAACGGGGAGAGGGCGCGAGUCGAAGCCCCCGGGGAGUGCUAAGGGAUGGAGGGCAGCCGGAGCCUGGGACUUUGGAGCGGGACCCGGACAAAGCCACUCGCUUCCGGAUGGAGGAGCUGAGACUGACCAGCACCACGUUCGCGCUGACGGGCGACUCCGCACACAACCAAGCCAUGGUCCACUGGUCUGGCCACAACAGCAGUGUGAUUCUCAUUUUGACAAAGCUCUAUGACUAUAACCUGGGGAGCAUCACUGAGAGCUCGCUUUGGAGGUCAACUGAUUAUGGAACAACUUAUGAGAAGCUGAAUGAUAAAGUUGGACUGAAAACAAUUCUAAGCUAUCUCUAUGUGUGUCCUACCAACAAGCGUAAGAUUAUGUUACUCACAGACCCGGAGAUUGAGAGCAGCUUACUCAUCAGCUCCGAUGAGGGGGCCACCUAUCAAAAGUACCGGCUCAACUUCUACAUCCAAAGCUUGCUUUUCCACCCCAAGCAGGAAGACUGGAUUCUGGCAUACAGCCAAGACCAGAAGUUAUACAGCUCUGCUGAAUUUGGGAGAAGGUGGCAGCUUAUCCAGGAAGGGGUCGUACCUAACAGGUUCUACUGGUCUGUGAUGGGGUCAAAUAAGGAACCAGAUCUUGUGCAUCUUGAGGCCAGGACUGUAGAUGGUCAUUCACAAUACCUGACUUGCCGAAUGCAGAACUGCACCGAGGCCAACAGAAAUAAACCUUUCCCAGGCUACAUUGACCCAGACUCUUUGAUUGUCCAGGAUGAUUACGUGUUUGUUCAGCUGACGUCAGGGGGACGGCCACAUUACUACGUGUCCUACCGAAGGAAUGCCUUUGCCCAGAUGAAGCUGCCCAAAUAUGCUCUGCCCAAGGACAUGCAUGUCAUCAGCACGGAUGAGAAUCAAGUGUUUGCAGCGGUUCAAGAAUGGAACCAAAAUGACACCUACAACCUCUAUAUCUCGGACACACGGGGGGUCUAUUUUACACUGGCCUUGGAGAACGUUCAGAGCAGCAGGGGUCCAGAGGGCAACAUCAUGAUCGACCUCUAUGAGGUAGCAGGGAUAAAGGGAAUGUUCUUGGCUAACAAGAAGAUUGACAACCAAGUGAAGACUUUCAUCACGUACAACAAAGGCCGAGACUGGCGUUUGCUGCAGGCGCCAGACACGGAUCUAAGGGGGGACCCUGUGCACUGCUUACUGCCCUAUUGUUCACUACACCUUCACCUUAAGGUCUCUGAGAAUCCCUACACAUCAGGGAUCAUUGCCAGCCGAGACACAGCGCCCAGCAUCAUAGUGGCUUCAGGUAAUAUAGGUUCUGAAUUAUCAGACAGCGACAUCAGCAUGUUUGUCUCGUCAGACGCAGGGAACACCUGGAGGCAGAUCUUUGAAGAGGAGCACAGUGUUUUAUAUCUGGACCAAGGUGGAGUCCUGGUGGCUAUGAAGCACACGUCGCUCCCGAUUCGACAUCUCUGGUUGAGUUUUGAUGAAGGGAGAUCUUGGAGCAAGUACAGUUUCACAUCUAUUCCACUUUUUGUGGAUGGGGUUCUGGGUGAGCCUGGGGAGGAGACUUUAAUCAUGACCGUGUUUGGACACUUCAGCCACCGCUCCGAAUGGCAGCUGGUCAAGGUGGACUACAAGUCCAUUUUCGACCGACGGUGUGCCGAGGAAGACUACAGACCCUGGCAGCUGCACAGCCAGGGGGAAGCAUGCAUCAUGGGAGCAAAAAGGAUAUACAAGAAACGAAAAUCAGAGCGUAAGUGUAUGCAAGGGAAGUAUGCAGGAGCUAUGGAAUCUGAACCCUGUGUCUGCACAGAGGCUGAUUUUGACUGUGACUAUGGGUAUGAGCGACACAGCAAUGGUCAGUGUCUUCCAGCAUUUUGGUUCAACCCGUCUUCUCUGUCCAAGGACUGCAGCUUAGGACAGAGUUAUCUCAACAGUACUGGGUAUAGGAAAGUGGUUUCCAAUAACUGCACGGACGGAGUGCGAGAACAGUACACCGCCAAACCGCAGAAGUGUCCCGGGAAGGCCCCGCGGGGGCUGCGCAUCGUGACCGCGGACGGAAAGUUGACAGCGGAGCAAGGGCACAACGUUACUCUCAUGGUGCAGCUGGAAGAGGGUGACGUCCAGAGGACACUCAUCCAAGUGGACUUCGGUGACGGCAUUGCGGUGUCUUACGUCAACCUCAGCUCCAUGGAGGACGGGAUCAAACACGUCUAUCACAACGUGGGCAUCUUCCGAGUGACGGUGCAGGUGGACAACAGUCUGGGCUCUGACAGCGCCGUCCUGUACUUACAUGUAACUUGUCCCCUGGAACACGUACACCUGUCUCUUCCUUUCGUCACCACAAAGAACAAAGAGGUCAACGCAACGGCAGUGCUGUGGCCCAGCCAAGUGGGCACACUCACUUACGUGUGGUGGUACGGAAACAACACGGAGCCUCUGAUCACCUUGGAGGGGAGCAUAUCAUUCAAGUUUACUUCUGAAGGGAUGAACACCAUCACAGUGCAGGUAUCAGCUGGGAAUGCCAUCCUGCAGGACACGAAGACCAUUGCGGUGUACGAGGAGUUCCGAUCCCUUCGCCUGUCCUUCUCUCCGAACCUGGAUGACUACAACCCGGAUAUCCCCGAGUGGAGGAGGGACAUCAGCCGAGUCAUCAAAAAGUCCCUGGUGGAAGCCACAGGCAUCCCAGCCCAGCACAUCCUGGUGGCGGUGCUCCCUGGCUUGCCCACCGCGGCGGAGCUCUUUGUCUUGCCCUAUCAGGAUCCGACUGGAGAAAACAAACAGUCGACUGAGGACCUGGAGCAGAUAUCAGAACUGCUGAUCCACAAGCUCAACCAGAACUCGGUGCACUUCGAGCUGAAGCCUGGGGUCCAAAUCCUUGUCCAUGCAGCCCACUUAACAGCAGCCCCGCUGGUGGACCUCACUCCGACCCACAGUGGAUCCGCCAUGCUGAUGCUGCUGUCGGUGGUGUUCGUGGGGCUGGCCGUGUUUGUCAUCUACAAGUUUAAAAGGAGAGUAGCUUUACCCUCCCCUCCCUCCCCUUCUACUCAACCUGGUGACUCAUCUCUCCGAUUGCAAAGAGCAAGACACGCCACUCCACCUCCAACGCCAAAGCGGGGAUCUGCUGGGGCACAAUUUGCAAUUUAAGGAAAACCCCCAAAGGCUACAGGCGACCUGCUGAUCAGGAAAGAAUUUCGCUCUUGUCAAGUACACCAUCCUUCAUGACCACUAACUCUAUGUUUUUUUUCUUUCCUUUGUUGUUCUGUUUCCUAUUUUGCCAGGAAGUAUUUCCAUAGUUGCUGAGAAUCAAAGCACAAAAGAAAUCCCUACCUAUGUAAAUGUUUGAAUGGAGGACGCCAGUAAAAACAAAAACAAACAAACAAAUAAAAUAAAAACAAUCAAAAUCCAAACAAACAGACAGACAAACAAACACUCACUGCAUCGGGACUUUUUAAUUCUUCAGACACAGACAACAAGGGUUUUUAGCUUUAAGCCUGUGCAUGUGGACAAUACCUUGAGAACAUGCUUGGAGGGGCAGUGUACAGGUGCUCUAUUUUAAUGGAAAAACACUCCCCUCCCCUUUCCUCUUCUCUCUCUUUUUUCUGAUCGGUCGUGUUUGUAGAAAAUUCAUAACAUAUAGAGGCCAAGGAAAUCUGCAUGUGUUUUUGGAAAUAUUCUUGGCCCUAGAUUUAACACCAAUUUUAGCCCUAGAGGCCGAUGGGGGGAUUAGCCGCCCCAGCCCCUUUCAUAAGACACAAGGACAUGCACAGGAGUGUGAAACCCUGAGCUGUUUCUCUGUCCCACUUUCCUCAUUGCCAGUUUCUUUUCUAAGUUAUCUCUGGUAGCUCCGGGGGGCCAGCAGUGGCCACCAGGCUGCUUGUGUUUUGCAUUCUGAGCGGCCACAGGGAUGAAGGAGCGAGGUCAAGUUCCACGUACGCAGGCAGAGUAGGGAAAGCCGGCUGCGGGGGCAAGCAUGUCCGAAGUGGAUCUCUGUUUCCUGUCCACCCCUUCCCAUCACAAAGGCUUUCCCUUGUAGCUUUCCUGUUCCUGCCCCCCAAUUUAUGUAGAAAAGAGCAUCCCAGCUCCCCAGCGUCUGGCCUCCCCAUUUGUUUGCUAUCCCCGUGUGGUCAUCAUCGGUUGAUGUCUUUGUACCUCUUCCUUCCGGUCUCCAAGUUGUCUUUCAACUCCCCCUACUUUUUCUUCCCAAACAUGUUAUUGGAUUCUGGACAUUAACCUCAGUGUUUCCUAAAUACUGGCCUAGCCUCUGCCGGCCUUGCCCCCGCCACGCACACGUUUCAGAUCUGUCAGCAUGCCAGCUUCCCUACACCUCUACACACUGACCCAAUACAUCCUGCCCUGCAGGGUUCGGCUCCAUGUAUCCUUAGUUUCCUGUAGAACCUGCCUCUUCCAAAUAGCCUUGCCUUUUCCCACCUGGAAACACGCAAAGUGUGUGAAAGAUUUGAUGUAUCCAAAGCAAUUCAAACCUGGCCACAUACACCGGAAAAGAAAGCAUACAGAUGCGUAGUGGUAUUCUCACACCUUAGCAAAAAUCUCGUGUGCAGAUUCCAGAAUAUUCUUGUGAGAAAUGUUUCAAAUGCGUUACUGUGUGGCAGGGCAAUUUCCUUCUGUAAUGGUUGCUGUUACCCAGUAUUUGUUCUCUCACAGUACAGUAAAAAUAUUUGUAAAAUAAAACUGAUUUUAACCAGAAGAAGAAGCAGGUUAAUGGAUUGAAUAUUUAAGAAUGUCAAAAAGUCCGAGAAUAUACGGGGGUCUUGUCUUACAUUAGGAUAAGAUUUUGAUGAUGUAGAAUGAUUCCAGACAUUUCCCAGUUAUGCUCUCUGAUCUCUGAGUAUCAUAUUAUUGGCAAAGGAAAAAUUAGCAAGCCAAAAGGGGAGGAGGUAGAUGUCUAACUAAGGCAGAUUGGCUCAGAGCAUGAACAAUCAAUCCCCAUUUGCCCAGGUCAAUAAUGAAAGAAGACCCAGAGUAAGAAAGAAACAAAUGUGUGUCCAGCAGGCGGCCUUGAAGGAUUAAGAAUUAGGCAAAGCCUACUCUAAAAUACGGGAGAAAGCAGUUUUGAAAACCACCCAGAGAGAGCAGCCUCCUCUAUGGCCAAGUUCCCAGGCCAGUCACAGUUGAUAACAGGGUCCUGGUGAUCCUGGGGGUCCCAAAGAUCCUGGCGAUCCCUGCCUUCAUGUAGCUUAGGCAGGGCAAGAGUAGCAAAGCUGCAAUCAGAAGUGAAUCAUUUGGAAGUUUUUGUGGUUGAAGAUGCCCAGGAUGAAUCUGGGAAAUGGAUUAUGCCUGAGGCGGCCAUCUGUUUGUAGAACUCAAUUGAUCCCCAGCCUGCCAGGCUUCCUAUCCCAUAGGAAACAUCCUCAUCGAUCCGCUUCAGUUGGAGCCUUCCAAGUUUAAUCUGGAAGACAAAAUGUUUGGAAACCAAAAGAAGCUCACUCAAAAAAGCACAGGGAGUCCUCAGAGUUGCCGUUCAAUUAAUUUUAAUUGGAAAAUUAUGAAAAAGGGAAUAACCCUCUUAGUCUCGCACAGUGCCUUGCCUAGAGUAGGUAUUUAAAAAAUUACUUUGUUGAAGGGAUAAAUGGAAGAAUACAUGAGAAGACAGAAGGAAAAAUGGAUGUGUGAGUCCUAAUUAAAAAUGGAGGUAGACGUGAGAUGCCUGGCAUUUUGGAAAGUGAUCACAGAUGGCCAGCUCUCCGUUCAGCAUCUCCGGGACCCUCAGGUGCCUCUCCUCAAAGCUCCCUUCCACUUGUAGGAGAAGAGUGAGGCAAGGGGACCUCAUUGUUCUUACAAUCUAGCGCUGUGGUUCUCAAAGCGUGGUAUCUGGACUGAGCAGUAUCAGCAUCCCCUCAGACUUCCUAGAAAUGAAAAUCUGGGGUCCCCUGACUGCAGACCUACUGAAUCAGAAACUAUAGGGGGUAGGGCCCAGCAGUCUAUCUUUACCAGCUUUUCAGGUGACAGUGAUGUCCACAGAGCUUUGGGAACCACCACACUCGGCCACUCCAACUCAAUCCCAAAGAGAAGGCAGUGAUGAGAGCCUACAAAUGAGAGGGACCCAAGUGCCUACCAACUCGUGAAUAGCAGGAGCAAACACUAUGAGGAGUUUGGUGGGCUUCAGGCCAGAGGAGUGAAUGGGGAGGGAUGCAUGUGGAAGGGAAGAUUCAGGGCAAGCUAGAAAUCUGAUACUACAACAUUUUCCAAAAAUCCCAGAAGGCAAACUGUGCACGCUCUUCCCUGAACUACCCAACCAACAUUUUCUCCUUUGCCUUAUUCCUAAUUGGAUUCACGGUCCAAAAUGCAGAGGUUUGCUUUGCUUUUUUUCCCACAAGUUCCAAACAGCAACUUUGAGAGCAAUGGGGAGUUUGGCAACUGUUCUGUGUUUUCCAGGAUUCCAACUGAGCAUUGAAAUCCCUCAUUUGCCAACUUAUUUUUAUAGGAAGCCAAUUUAAAGAAAAAAAAAAAAAAAGAAAGUUUUCUUAUAGUAUCGGAACUACUUCUAAUUUUAAAAUGACUUUUUUGAUGUAUUUUUUGUUAAAUACUAUGUAGUGUAAUGUAUACUUGCUCUUGUUUAUUGCUUUUACAAUCAUAUUUAUUAAACAGAUAAUGUCUCUAAA